AUGUUUAUCGAUCUAUCUAUCUAUUUCAAUCUGUUAAUUUUCUACCCCUGUCAAUCUGUUCAUAUCUAUCUAUCUAUCUAUCUAUCUAUCUAUCUCAGUCAGUACAUGUCUAUCUAUCCCAAUCUAUAUCAGUAUGUCUCUGACACACGUGCGUCAGUGGAAUCGCCUCUGGGUAUGUAUUCGCGUGGCAUUUUUCUUCACUUCCUCAUAUUCUUUUUCUUCAUACAAAUGAUUAUGCCAUCGCCGAUGUUGGACGAACGUGUCCCUUCACCUGUCAUCAUUAGAAAAGUUGGGGAAAGGACCGUGGAUGGCGGCACGGGUGACGAUUUCCAGAUUUUCAAGAAUGCAGUAUUUUACUCGGUUCCUUAUCUUUCAAAUAACGAAGCUUUCUCUCUUUGUUUUAAUCUCUCUCUCCCCUCUCUCUCCCUCUCUCUCUCACUCACUCAGUCUCUCCCUCUCUCUCUCUCUCUCUCUCAGUCUCUCCCUCUCUCUCAGUCUCUCCCCAUCUCUCCCUCCCCUCUCUCUCAGUCCCCCCCUCUCUCUCAGUCUCUCCGACCCCUCUCUCCCUCCAUCUCUCUCUCUCUCCCAGUCUCUCCCUCCCUCUCUCUCUCUCAGUCUCUCCCCAUCUCUCCCUCCUCUCUCUCUCUCUCUCAGUCUCUCCUCUCUAAGUCUCUCCCCAUCUCUCCUCCUCUCUCUCUCAGUCUAUCCCCCUCUCUCUCUCAGUCUCUCCGCCCCCUCUCUCCCUCCCUCUCUCUCUCUCUCUCUCUCUCAGUCUCUCCUCUCUCUCUCUCUCAGUCUCUCCCCAUCUCUCCCCUCCCCUCUCUCUCUCUCUCUCAGUCUCUCCCUCUCUCUCUCUCAGUCUCUCCCCAUCUCUCCCUCCCUCUCUCUAUCAGUCUAUCCCCCCUCUCUCUCCCAGUCUCUCCGACCCCCUCUCUCCCUCCCUCUCUCUCUCUCUCAGUCUCUCCCUCUCUCUCUCUCUCUCAGUCUCUCCCCAUCUCUCCUCCCCUCUCUCUCUCAGUCUAUCCCCCUCUCUCUCCCCUCUCUCCCUCCCCUCUCUCUCAGUCUAUCCCCUCUCUCUUCCUCUCUUUCUCUCUCUCUCUCUCUCUCUCUCUCUCUCUAUAUAUAUAUAUAUAUAUAUACACGCACUUCGUACUCUUUCUCCAUUCUUCUCUCUCUGUCUAA